UGGUGUCCAUAGUCAUGAAUCGUGUGAUUAUCAUUUUCGGAGUUUCGGUGCUAGUUGCUUUUCUAGAGGCUCCCUUUGUUAAAAUGACAAAUGCAGUCUGCAAGUCGUACAACAAAUCGUGGGUUGUCGUUCAUUAUUGCCGCCUUAAGGCAUAUUCCCGGAACAAGACUAGCUUGAAUAUAAAUGCAACAUUUAUAGAGCCAGCCAACAAUAUAUUUCUCAAAAUGAAGAUGAUGAAGAAGGCCAGUGGCUAUAAGCCGUUUUUGUUCGAUUACACCAUCGAUGCCUGCGAAUUUAUGAGAAAGCGAAAUCAACCCUUUGCCAAAAUAGUCUGGAACUUGUUCAAGCACUUGUCUACGGUUAAUCAUACAUGUCCCUAUGUGGGCUUGCAGAUGGUAAGCGAUUUUCAUCAUAUUGAAUUGCCUUUUGUUUUACCAACUGGAGACUACCUACUUUUAUUAGACUGGAUAUUUGAUGGCAAGCCACAGUUCGCUACAAAUGUUUAUUUCACAUUUGUGGAGGAUCUAUUGAAAACCUAA